UAUAUAUUUAUAUAUGUGUGUGUGUGUGUGUGUGUGUUGUAGCUGCUACGAGCAGAGCUAGACGGGCAGUAUGGCGGAGGAGGAGGGCUCCAGUGGGAACGAGUUAGAGGAACAAUUCAAGAGUUUGUUGAGCCGCUUAAGUGAAGAAGAUAGUGAACCUUUCUGCUCAGACUUCUGCAAGCUUGUGGAGGAGUACGCCUCUCACUGGCAGGUGCCGCUGCCUCGACUCAGGAUCCUGGAGAUAGCUCUCCGCUACUUCGCUGGAGCCUCCACCUUAAAAACAAACUGUGAUCAUGUGUCCCACACAGUCAGUAGUCUGGCCUUGAGUGUUUUUGAGUUGCUGCUGUUCUUUGACCAGAAAGACUUCCAUCAGGAGCCGCUGAAACACUUCGCUGUUACAUUCCAGGAAUGUAACUCGGCUCUUGCGAGGCAUCAGAAUGUCCACUUGCUUCAGGUGGAGCGUUUGGUUCGGGGCGGUGGGCCUUGGGCCGGCCCAGCCUUACAGGCAAUCCUCAGUGAAUCCAGUUUACCUCAGAGUGAAGUGGAUGGAUGCAUCAGCUCCGAGCUGCCGGUGUUCUUUGAGCUCCGGGUGCACUACCUCUUAUCCUGUGAGCGGGUCAGUGAGGCGAUGGCCCUGGCUAAGUGUUGUGCUGCGCAUCCCACAGCAGGACAACACUUGUUCUUCCUCCAGGUCUACCUCACGUGGCUGUUCAAAACUUCACAGCAUGACCGCCUGCAUAAAGAGGUUGCUGAAUUUAAUGGUAAAGAUGCAGUACACAUCAUCUGCAGUUUGGAGUGUGAGGAAACGGAUGAGUUGCUACUAGCCCUCAGCAGAGCCUUCCUCUCCCAGCAGCUCCUCAGGGGAGACAUGUAUUAUUUGUAUGAUCUUGUCUUCAUUUGGAGUAAACUUCAUAGUCGGUUGAAUACAUCCAAGCAAGCUCUACUUGAGGAGAGUCAUCAGCUGAUGCUGUCUGCCACCAAUGUUAACUCAAUCUUCCCGUUCAUCAGAGACAUACUGCAAGAGCCGAGUGAAGAUGGUAUCGAGUUCUGCGUGGAGCUUUGUGCUAACGCCCUGGGGUCUUGCCGUCCCUGCGACGUCAUCACCAAAUCCCUAAUCUACAAAACCAUCGCCGGCCUGCUACCCAACGACCUGGAGGUUUCCCGGGUGUGUGCUCUGCUCGUCUUCUUCCUCGAACGCACCGUUGAGUCCUACAAGAUGUUGUACCUCCUUUACAUGCCUCCUGAUCAGGAGUACCACGUGGAGUACAGCCCCAUCAGAAAUCACAUUCGCUUUGAAACCCUGCAGUUCUUGAAGAAGGACCUGUGUUUUGACCCAGAGUUUUGGAACCUCAUUGCUUUGCGGACAAACUGUUUGAAGCUGAUGAGCGAGACGGUGGUCAGCGAUGCCCUCGAAGAAAUCAUGGAGGACAAAUGGAUCCUGAGCUAUUGCACCAAAGAGCCUGCUUUCCGAUCACGUGCAUCAGUAUGUCAGAAAGCAAGAAAAAAGCGGCACCAUGAAGAGGACAGUGAAGAGGAUGCUGACAGUGCAUCCAGGAGAUUAAAGGUGGGCCCGGGCAGACCACGGCUAAAUGUUGACCACACUAUAAAGAAGAAAGGCAACCGGGGGUCAUCAUCUGAACCUUUGAGGCGUUCAUUUUGGCAACAAGAGAGACUACAGGACAAUGGGGAACUAAGACGCACAACACGACUCUCGGAGAAGAACCUACCAAAACGGAGGAUUAUGAAACCCAAGUGGCUUCUGGAAGACUCGGGAACUCUUGGAGAGAAUAAUGUUAUUCCGAAGAUCAAAAAACAUGGGUUGAAACAUCAAAAGGACCACGCAUCCUCUGUCGAAAAGAGGUCUGAAACGGGUGAGCUCAAGAACAAUGCAAAUCACAAUCCUUCAGUUAACUCUCAUUUAAUGGCAAGGGAAAACAACAGCAAGCACCGGAGAGGUUUUUCGUUGGAAUCUCCUAAACCAGCAGCCUCUCCACAAGUAAUUCUUGAGCUCUCCCUCCCAGACAAUGAACUGAUGGGAACGUUUACCGAGGACGCUUGCAACAGACAGAGGGGUUUCCCUCAAGUGCUUCUUUACAGACCUACAUUGAAGGUUCCUGCCGCGUCUCAAUCCUUGAAGACUGUACAACGCAAAUUGGUGAUUCUCAGAGCGCGGGAUGCAGCGAUGUUUGCACAGCAGUUGCACUGUUACGCUCUGCAGCAGAAAGGAAAAGGUAACACGCCGAAUAUUCAAGGUUCGGUAUCAACAAUCACACGCUCCUCUGUGCAAGGAAGUCCUCCAAAGGAUCCACUCUGUGAAAAGCCUGCAGCUGAGGUGAAAGGUGGAUUCACCUCUCAGACGCCAGCAGCAGCCGAAGCUACAAAAUCCCCAGUCCUUCAAGCUCAAACUACAAAAGCAGUCUCACAAAAGACAUUUUCAGGAAGAGAGCUCUCUGAGAAGUCUUCUGUUGAGAUGAAAGUCACCAACGCGUCACAGACAUCAGCAGAAACUGACCUUACAGAAGCCCCGAUGGUAGAUAAGGUCCUGCAUGCUCCAACUGUUACUUCAGUUGGAGAGUUCUGUGAAGAGCCUGCUGUUGAGAUGAAAGUCACUAUUGCCUCAACAGCAGCUAAUGUCACUCCAUCCCCAGGUUUAGAUAAGGUCUCUAAAGCUGUUAAGGACGCAGUUGAGGUUUCCCAAACCUCAACGGAGGACAACGAUCAAAUGGUAGUUACUGAUAAAAUCUCAAACAUUGGAGCUGCUGAUUCAACGCCCUCACAGUCACAAGAUGUUCUUAAAGAUGGGAAGCAAGAUCUGAAGUCACUCUCUUCUCAAGCGGAAACUGUCAAAAACCCUGUAGCCCCAGAAGUGCUCGCCGCUGUCAGCAACAGCAUUUCUGAGGUGACAGAUGUUUCACUCUCAAAAGGACAUGUGCCUUGUAAAAACGACACAAGUGGCGGAACAGUGGUCACUACGUCUACACCCACAGAUCAGGACAGUAUAAAUGACAUAUCGGCUCUGACAUUAGUGACAGAAAUGGUUACUGAACUUGCACCUGAGGCACUUGCUCGAGAUCUGGAGAAUCACAAAGCUCCAGAGGGCAGCUCCUCCAAGGGGUCAACAGCUGGAAGUAAAUCUAAAGCUCCUCGCAAAUUACACUCCAGAUCCAGCUGCUCUAUAGCUGCAGACGUGCAAGGGAAGGAAGAGGGAACUCGGGAUGUUGCUCCAGAAACGCCUGAGGACCCUGAACUCCCGGAAUCAGAGGAAUCCAAGGUGGAGUACUGUACCUUCUGCAACAAGGACUUUAAGGGAAGUCGCCUUGUACCACACGCUUUGUUCCACUAUCGUAAAGAUGAGUGCAUGUUCUGCGGGGUGAUGUUCAAUGAUAACAUUCUGGCCAUGAGGCACCUGUCUGACCAUAUUGAAAAGCUAAAGAGGAGCAAAGAUUCCGCUGGUAACAAUGCCCAAGAAAACUGCGUCUUUGAGACCAAAGAUAUCUCCACAUCUAAGACCUCCGCCAAAGCAAAGACCACAAACGUGUCCUCUGGGCGCCGUAGUCGUGGGAGACCGAGGAAAUCUACACACUGUCCUAAAUCAUUGAGCCUUCCAGAGUCAAACCCAUCUGGGUCCAGACAGUUGAGAUCCAGUGGCAAGCCAGUGGAUCAACCUUUACGUGAAAAGAAAGAAAACGCGUUGAAGCACCUUGAUAGUAAAACUCCUGUCCACAAGAUAAAUGGGCAUAUUGGCAAAAAGAAAGAGCUUGACAGACCGAAAAAGGACGCCUUGAAGUCAGAAGCUAAGCGGCCACUUAAACAGCAGGAGAUCUCUCAAAAAAGAGCAAAGGAUGGAGCUGAGAGAUUGCAAGAAAACCAAGAUGUAGAGAUGGAGUCACCUGCAGCAUCAGCGUCGGUAGACAAAGGGCUCAGCUCCAAGGCGACAGAAUCAGUGCAGGUCCUGAAGAAAACCACAAAACGGAAAGUUGUUGAAGAGAAAAAUCUGGAGCCACAAGAAAAACUUUGCUGUCCUGUGGAGGGUUGCGGCUGGUCUACAGACCCGUCCAAAAACCGCGUUGCAGUCCUUUACCACGCUCUCGACGAUCACUACGGCGAGGUCAAACCUUUAGAGCUAGCCUUCCGUGUGGGAAACAGCAAAUGUAAUAGCUGCAUGAGGGUCAUGUUGAGUUUUGAACACUUUCAGCACCACGUCGAAAUACACAGACUCCUUCCUCGGCAUCCCUGCCUUCAUCAGGGUUGUACCGCCAGAUUCAAAAGUGGACCGGAAAUGAGGCGCCACACCAGGAGGCACAGUCCACUGCAGGCAGUGUGCUGCCUCCCUGGUUGUUCUCAGCUAUUUAUUUGUCUCUGGGCACUGAACCUUCAUGAAAGAGAGCACUAUACUGCCAAACCCACUAAACCAGACAAGAACACAAACGAACAAACGGGUGACAAACAGGAUAACACACCGAAUGGGAAGAAACAACCGGAUCGCAAGCCAGAAGACGCAACUGUAAAUAAGACUGCGAGUGUAAAGGAUGCUCGUAAAUUAAGAGGAGAAGCUUCACAUAAUUCAACAGGAAAACAUGUUCAGGCUCCUCUUCCCACCACUGUCAGUGCAUCUCCGUUGAAAGAGGAGUCAAAAGAACGAAAUGAGACCAAGGAUUCACACGUCUUGAAGAAUCUUUCCAACAAGGACACCUCCGCGCAGCCCACUGGCCCUAAUCUGAGAUUAAGGCAAAAGUUGAGAAAAGUUACAAAUACAAUCCAAAGUCACAAAGUCAUCUCAUCAUCAUUAAAACGGAACAACAAAGUAAGGCACAAGGUCAAGGAAAAGCAGGUCAAAGUGAACACAAAAAGUCCCAAAAGAAGAGGGCGUCCUCCGAAGUCAAAGGAAGCUGUGCAUGAUGAGAACACCACUGCUGGUCAAAACAAUCAAACUGUAGUCGUAGAAAAAACUGCUCUGCUUGUAAGCCCCCCUAAAGCAGAAAAGGCAGAAAGCUCAACACAAAGCGGUAACUCUGCGCCAGAUGUCCCAGCUGACGGCUUAAAUGUGAGAACUGCACCACCCACCACCUCAGGAGAGAAAAAAUCUGCUUUGGAAAAGAAGUCAAAAUCUGUAGACCAGCAGGUUGAGGCUAAAGCAGCAGUAGAGAGCUCUCCUGAUAUGGAAGGAGAAGCUAAAGAAGGAGGAAGCAUCCCUGCUGCCACAGCUAGCGGUUUAAAUGAACCGACUUCUAAAGAGAGAACACAGAAGAAGAAGAAAGCAAGUCAGAAGCGCAAGAAUGUUCUGAAAGAAGGUGACACAAAAAUUGUCAAGAAAAAACGCAAAGUUGAUGUUCUGAAAGAAGGUGACACAAAAAUUGUCAAGAAAAAACGCAAAGAUGAUGUUCUGAAAGAAGGUGACACAAAGAUUGUCAAGAAAAAACGCAAACAUGAUGUUCUGAAAGAAGGUGACACAAAAGUUGUCAAGAAAAAACGCAAAGAUGAUGUUCUGAAAGAAGGUGACACAAAAAUUGUCAAGAAAAAACGCAAAGAUGAUGUUCUGAAAGAAGGUGACACAAAGAUUGUCAAGAAAAAAUGCAAAGAUGAUGUUCUGAAAGAAGGUGACACAAAAAUUGUCAAGGAAAAAUGCAAAGAUGAGGGUGUUCCACCAGCAAAAACUGAACCGCUGGCUGAGGUGAAUGCGGAGGUGGUGGAGAGCCCUGGUUGCUCUGUGGUGAUGAACGGACAAGCAGCGAAGGAAGACGUCAAUUCGACAGCGCCCAACGACGCUCUCCCAGAGGACAGACCAAAGCCAUACAUGCGUCUGCCGCCUACAGCGUACUUGGACGAGAAGUACAUCACCAUGCCAAAACGAAGGAAGGAGCUCUCCUUCUUCCAGCGAUGUUCCCACUGUUUUGCGACGUUCUCCAGCGCCGAGGAGCUGGAGAGUCAUCUCCAGCUGCAGACGUGCUCCAACCUCUUUGGAUUUGACUCCGAUGACGAGGGCAGCAGUUUAACAUACUAAUGAAGUGAGUUGACGUUUUGGACGCAUAAUAAACGGACCUGCUAGGAGCCCCCGGACGGAUCAUACCUCAAUGGAUCAGUGCUCUCUGGAUGUUCGCCGUCGGGAGACUGAAAGGGGUUUACCUGACUUCCACUGCAGCAUGUGCCUGUAACGCAGACACAGAACACGUGAAAUAGCCAAUUAAAGACAACUGAACUGAAUCCCAGUCAGACCGUCGGCAGAACAGCUAGUACUGAAGUGCCUGCUCUGGAACCGCCGUGCUGUUUCCAGCUGCUUCACCUGGAGAUUAAGAACUGUGGCUUAAUAAAGACUGGACUCUAAAAAAGCUGUGAAAACAAGACGACAAGGCUGCUCCUGCUAUCACUAGGAUACAUAUUUUAUCAGUAAGCCAUAUAAUGCUUAAUAAUUGUUUGCUUUUUUUGCACUCUUUUCAUAAGAUUUCUUUCCGCUUAAAUGAUGGGGAUUGUACAACGAACGAAGCACCUGAAAGUCACCCUAUUCUAACACCCUGCGUAUAGUUUUCUAAACUUUAAAAAAAGUUGUUGCUGUAUCGGAGUCUUCUUUGGGGAAAUGUUAUGUAUAAUUGUUUAAAAUCUUCUAUCCAUAUGGGCUCGAUAUGGUCUGUGCUUGUCCUGACCACGAGUAACCAGUAGGGGGCAGUGUGCACAUGUUCUUUUUUUCCUCCUGCGAAGCAUAAGAUGUUAUUUGCUCUUUUUUUGGCAGCACAAAGAUUUCUACAUACAAAGCUGCUCCACUGUAUUUAUCACUGGACGGACUCCACUUCCUCUCACAUCCAUCAAGCUGUAUUUCUUUUAGCAAUAACUAAACAUGCUUUGUCUAUUAUUCGCCGUCAGUGGAGCAGCCGUCAUUCUGUCUUACAUCAAAUCUCACGUUAAACAGAUUUUUAUCUUUACUCAACUGUUCAGUGAUUUCUCUUUUUAGGGGACGUUCUCUCUGCUUCAAAGAGAAACUCACAAAGUUUUUAAGUGUCCCCGGGAGGCCGCGCCAGUCUUUCACAAGCAGCAACAGGUUAUAUUUAUUGUUGUAUAUGUUUCAUUUUCUAUCUUUUGUAAAUAUUUGAAGAGUUUCAAUGGCUUAUUAUAUAAAAGGGGUGUCGGAGCCGGGUUUAUAUUUUGUUCUUGAAUUAAAAAUUGAAAUGGCAUCUAUUCUGUUCUUUAAAAAUGAUAUCUGAUACGCCAGAGAAGUGUUUUCAUCAGAGGAAUGAGCAGUUUAUUUAACAGAUAAGACAGCCGUAUUGGACAGUGCUGCAGAGGUAGAGAAAUUUUUUUUUUUGCAAUCCAACAUUUGAAUAAAAGCUGUACCCCAUUGCCAAGUGUGCAUAACCCAGCAAAAA